CACCACAGAAGAAGAAGAACGUCCCUUGCUGAGGAGCUUGUAUUUCCUAGCAACGCCCCUUGUUGCUAGGAAAAGGUGGAGGCGCGCUCGUUGUGGCGGACUGUCAGCAGUAACAACAACAACAACAACAACAGCAAAAACGACAGCAUGGAACCUCCAGAGAGGAGGGCAGCAUCUCCUGAGUUGCCAGCAGAUGAAGAUGUGAGCCGUUCUGCUGGACAAACACACAUAAGCCAAGUAGGAACACAAAGACAUUCUGAACUUCAGCAGCCAAGAACACCCGCUCUACAGUUAGAUUUUCAGGACAGUAACAUGUCUCCAGCCCUUUCCCUAUUACCUGGAGUUGAUCACAACCUCACUGAGUUUUCUUUAUUACAACAAAGUGAGACAGAAUUUGCCCCUCUAAGGGCAUACCCUGAUGUUUCCAUGGCUUCAGAGCGGUUUCAGUUUUUAUCCCAGGAUCACACCACUCGUACCUCUGAGCGUGGCUCAUUAUCCCAGCACCCAUUGGCCCAGGCAAGCAUCCUUUCUGAAGAAGGAGAAAGCAGCUGCUGCUCCCUCUCUCAGCACAGUCUAUCACCAGGGGAGCAAAGUAAACGAGAGGAAAGGGUUCAUCCCCCAGUGAUUGUCAUUGAUAUGAGUAGCAGAGAGAAGGACCUAGAGACCUUGAUUAAACCUGGAGCAAAGCUAGAAGGAGAACCUGUUGAAGAUGAGACUUUCUUUCUGAGUAAGAAUAUACCUGCUCAGCAUCUUCUGAAGCUCCUGCAGAAAGAUGUUGGGAUGCUUAGCAGCAAUAGCAGUGCUACUUCCUCUGCCUCUGAAACCUCUGUGAAGAGAACAGAGCCUUCUACAGAAGAGUCUAAAAGUACUGAGGUUUGUGAACUGACCACUCAGCAAACUACUGAUGUAAGAGAACACCCUCCAGGUGAAGUCUCUUUUCCCCAGCAGCAGACACAACAGCAGCACAAAGUUUCAGAUCCUGACCAACCACAAACAGUGUUAUCUGAAGUGUCUAACAUCACUGUGGGUUCCCGUAGUACUCAGCCUGAUGAGAGUAGUGAAAUGUUACAUAGAGAGCUGCUCUCUGAAGUAGAGAAACGCAGCAGGAUUGAAGCUGAAUCCAAAAACAAACAGCAAAAACGUCCUACGCCACCUGGUCCAUCUCUCACACCUAAUCUCAAACAGAUGUCUGAGGGGAAGCCAAGUGCGAGUAGAACAAAUGUGGUUGGUAUGCAAUGGACAGGGCCAUUUUCAACAGGUGUUGAACGGGUUUGCAGAGAGCAAGACCUCUGGUCCUCAGGAAACCAUACAGGGUUGGAUGGCUCCUACCUGGGUUUUCUUCCACAGUCUCAGUCCACUCCAGGGAUUUUUAAUGCCCCAACCAAAUCCAGUGUUAAGGAUAAAUUGGGGCACCUUUCCUCCACUGAAUCUAGUAAAGAGAACUCUUAUCAGUCAGUCACAAAAAUUUCUCAACAACCAGCUUUUCCUGUAGUUUGCACCCAUAACACAAACACAGCCACUCAGUGCCAAGAGGAUGCUGCCUCUGCAAAAGUCCAGUCCCUCCCAAGUCUAAACUAUAUGCAGAAAGUAGAUGCGUGGAGGGCAAAUCAGAGUUCAGGCAAGGUGUCUUUGUUUGAUAGACUGUCACUGCAGGGAUUUUCUAGCAUCCCCUCUAAACAGAAAGGUUAUGACGCAGUAUCUGGCAGCCUGAAUGAACUGGUUAGUCAGAAGAUUAGGAGUUUACAGCAGCCUCUUGUUUCAGGUGCUGCCACACAGACCUCCUCAACAGCACCUUCUGGCUAUUCUUCUCCAAGAAGAACGGAGGCAGUGGGCAGUGCUCUUGCUGAUGAGGAGAACACGAGGUCUGCAGUACCACCCUCUGCCUCACCCCUAGGCAGGUCACAGUCUCACUCUUCUCUUAGCACAGUUGUGAUGUCAGUUCAAAAAGAUCAGCAGAUCGACAGCCCUUCAGAAAGAGACAAGAGUCAAAACCAGGAUGAUGAUGCUCAUCAUCAUGAUCAAACCAAUACAAUUCAAACCUCACAUCUCACAAGCCUCGGUCACUUCAGUGAUGUGUCACUUGAUCGAGACUUGACACUUUCGAGUUCUCAAGAUAGUUACAGCGGAGUAAAGUUAGGAACUUCCAUUGGGACGUCAUCUGUUGUCAGCCUAGAAAUUGAUAACUACGUACCCUCGUGGACUUCAAAACUGUCAACACCACCUCUCCCCAAGCCUCGAGAGCUCAACAUUGAUGAACGAAUUCCGUUGUAUCUUCGUAACUUGGGUAUAGACCAGUCUCCAUCUACAAUCCUGACUCCGUUUGUGCCCAGGGGACCAAUCAGAGAGCCUGAAUUCUCUCCCACUGAGUUCUGCACAAUUAAAGGAUCUACUGGAACCCCAACUAAAAGCACUCAACCCUCCGAGGGUGGCAGUCCCCACAAAGAGGAGUUUUCCCAGUCCAGCAUUCUGUCAGUAGACUCCAGCAUAUCCAUACCGUUCAGCCUGGACAGUCUCUGUCCAGCGGCAACUAUCCCAGAGCAGGCCAGGUGGACUUCUCCUACAUCACAUACAGAAGCUAGACAGAGUAAACACAAACUGGCACCUUACACCUCACCCAAUGAAAACACUCGUUCUUCCAUACUGCAGCCUUGCCAACAGCAGAAGGACAGCAGUUUAAGCAGCAGUGGGGGAAUCAGCCAGGUAGAAGACAAAUUUAACCCUGACAUGCCACCAGCUGUCAAGGAGAGGCACAGAGAAAGAAGCUUGGAGUUGCUUUUACAAACGAGUCGUAGUGCAGAUCAAAGUGCAGAAGAUUCUUUCGUUAGCUCCAAGGCCUUGUUGGAAAUCCGUAAACUGGUCUCUCAUGCAGAGACCAUGAUGUCCACUGGGUCUUCUGCGGCUUCCUCAACCUCCCCCAUUAGCCCCCGUCUUCUCCCCGAUCAGGACAUAUCCCCAUUACUGAAGAAGAAAACCAGCAGACUUGAGGAUUUCUCCUCGUCCUCUACAACUGGAGACCAAAGAACAUGUUCCUCACUGCUUUGGACCAGAUCCUCCUCUGACUCCAUGCUGACCUCAGAGAAGAUGAUGAAAAGCUCUUUUGGUCAGAAAGGUGUAAAUCGAUCGUUGCAAUCUGAUUAUUUAUCCACACAAGCUGUUUUUACUGCACCAACCAAAGUGGCAUACAAAACACCACAAGAUAGCAAUGUUAAUGGUGCAGGGAUGUCACUUGUCCUCUCCAAAUCAGCCUUCCGGACAGAGCCUGAGGGCUGCAGUGCUGCACCUCCUGACAAAGCCCCCACACAGCCGGUGGCCAUCAAACCUCCACCAGCUGUGAGUACACAAGAGCUUACUUCUACGCCUACAGAUUCAGUUGAUGUCCCAGAGGAGGAGGAGGAAAACACUCCCUCUGAAGGUGCUUCACAGAGCAGGUCCUCCUCACCCAUCCUCAAGGAUGCUGAUCAAGGAGUGAUGAGUGAUGGGAGCUGUGAAAGCUCACUGACAGCCAGAGUGGCCAAGUUGCUGCAGAGUGAAUCUCCAUCCACCAUGGUCUCCAGUACACCGAGCAUUUCAGACCAAGAGGAGAGCAAAGCUAGAGAAUGGAUUAAGCUGAAGCUAUCAGGACAGCAGUGUGAGCCUCUGCAGCUGGACGAAGAAGAUAGAAGGCGGAUAGAAGAGAUCAAGCGAGAACUGCUGUUAAAAAAUCCCAUAAAGAGCCAGUUCAGCACAGAUACAGAGAGCAGUGUAGCAUCCAGUGUUAAAAUCUCAAGGGAGCUUGAUCCAUCUCAAUCUGCGGAGACGUUUGCUGUUCCUAGGGAUGCUAUAAAUGAGCCAACCCAGCUGCUGCACAGCCUGAGUAGGACCACCCGCGACUCCAGGACACUGCUACAAACUGCUCUUCAGUCAGACCUAGAAGCUCGAGUUUGUGAAAUUGCUGCCAGAGAAGGAGUGAUGCUUCCUACUAAAAAACCUCAGGUCUUCACAUCCAUCACUAUCGCCACCCACAGAAGCUCCACCUCCCCCUCAAAUUCCACUUCCCCACCUCCCAUCAGCCCAGCCCCAGAGCCCCUCCGCCUGACCGAGCUCUCAUCAGGAGCCGUCAGAACCACAACAACAGACAGGCAGCUUUCUUUAGAACUGACUGAAGAGCAUGGGGUUGAUUUACUACAAACAACAACCAGGGAACAAUCAUCAGUGCAUGGAUCUAGUAACAGUUUGCACAGCACGAAUCAAAAUGUAACUCAGUCUGCACCAGCACCUCAGAAGAGGCAAGACACUGAGGGAGGCCAGUUUGAAGAGCCGCUUCCUCCCUCACAGGGUUUAGAUAAAGUAGAUGUGACUGUCAGAUACAACAGCACACAGUCAUUCAGGCCAGAUAGUAAGUUAUCUGCUUCUGGUAUGGGUGUUAGUCAUGUUUUAGAUCAGGCCACAGGCUCAUCUGUAGUUGAAACCUCCGCCCGUACAGGUCACAUCUCACAUGUCGAUCUCACUCUGCCCCCCAAAGCUACAGAUCCCAGCUUCACCUCUAUAGUUUACUCUAGUCAGGCUGAUGUAAUCUCAGGGCUACCACCUAAAGAAUUUGUCCCCCUGAGACAUUCAUUAUCAGCCGCCAGCAGUCCGGAUGAAGGUGUCGGUUUGUCCAGUCCACCUGAGUGGUGCGACACCAGAGAGCCAUCACGACAGCGGCUGCCUGAAAGAUCCAACAGCUCUACUGUUUUUAAAACUGUUGUGCCUCAGGAGAGGAUGACCACCACGUUUGCACAGCCCUUUACACCACGUGAAAGAUCUGAAAUUUCAACAAGACCCUUUAACACAGAAACCCCAGUGCCUGUCCUGCUGCCUUAUAAACCUCAUGGCAGUGAGGAGGUCUUCUAUGUCCCUCACACAGAGGCUGAUCUCUCCUCCACAGAGGCAUCUGACACCACCAUGGAGAGCACCCACACAGGCUCAGACGACGCCGUGCCUCCUCACUUUAGCAGUGACGUCCUCGGGAACAAGGACCCAGGGUUGGACCGCGGAGUGACUAUCAGACACACAGAGGGCAUCUACAGCAAGAGGCUGAAAACUGCCAACUUGACCAUGCAAGAAAAUAGGAAGAGAGAUGCCUCUACAACAUCGAAUAAAAGCUUGCAGACUGUGAGCCAAAGACUAAAGCCUUCUUCUCAGGUUUCUGUCACUUUUAUCGAGGAAUCGUUACUGAGGAAUCAAGAAACCUUCAAGAGAGACCAGGGGACCAGCCCAAUCCAGUUCACCCAACACCAUCAAAGCGAGUCUCACCCUGAGAGGUUUCAGCCGUUUAUUUCUGAAAUGGACUACGGUAAAGGAAACACUCACUGGGUUCAAACCUCUGAGCCUCAGACAGGAAGUGAGCAGCAGAGGGGUUCUGAGCACCCUCUGGACCAGUUGUGGCAAAAGUUCUGCGAUCAGUGGACCACGGAGGAGUUGCAUCCCAGCAGUGACAGAGAAGCAUCACUUCUGGAGCGUUUAGAGCACCUUUCUCGCCUUAUUCAAAGUGCAAGGGGAUUUAAUGUGUGUGAUGCACAGAAGGUGACUGGUUAUCAUCCAGAACAGGAGAGGAGGAGAGAAGAUGUGUCAAAGAGGAAGAAAGAAAUAAAGCAGACUUUGGGGGAGAUUAAGAGGAGUGUAGGAGGUGAAGUCAGAGAAGAUGGGAGUAAAUUAAGAGGACAGAGAAAAACUGAAUCUCCCAUUCAACUGAGCUUUCGUGUUGAUGAAACCUGCCGGUCUACAGAGGAUGGCAGCCACGCCUCCCUCACCUCCAGCUUCUCCCACAGCUCCUCCCCGAGCCAGUACGCCUCUCCCAGAGACAGACAUGUGUCGGAGACCCUGUCUACCACGUCUGGCUCCAUGUCCACUGUGGACACAGCCCGACUGAUCCGAGUCUUUGGCCCCCACAAAGUACAGCACCUGAAAAGCGCCCCAAGCCUCAGUAAACUGUACAACACCAUCAACAAGCAAAAAGAAGAGAGGAAGGACAGUGGAGGAAGAAACAGAAAGCCUCCUCACGCCUCUGCACUGUCAGUGACAACCAGCACUGAUCAGUCGGUUGCUGCUGACUCUGUAUCGUCGACCAGCACUUACAGCGUCCCUUCACACCACGGGACUUCCCGGAGUCUGCCGGGUAGGAAGGCCAUUAAACUGGUGAACAAAAGAAUCCAGGCAGGUGACCUGGAGAUUGUUCAUAACGGGACUCGACGACACACCAGAGAUGUUGGAACCACGUUCCCUUCCCCGGGAGGAGCUAGAGCUUUCAAGCAGAUCUCGUUGUCUUCGUCCAGCGUAGUGAGAGAAAGACGAGGGUGGAGGAGGAGCAAGAGAACCCCACCAAAGCCUUACCCUAAAGCCGUUUCAUGGUUCAUCUCUGCUGACGGCCUGCUGUCAGAGGCAAGGAAGGAGAACCAGCCGGAGGAAGAGAGACCAAACAUCGCCUGGUUUGAACCAUACAGCAGAAUCAACCCAUGGAGACAGCCGCUCAGACAGAGACAAGUGCAUGAGGACACAAGCAAACAUCACUCUGAGCCUGAACUGGAGCCAGAGCUUGAUCCUAAACAUAUGUCUUCUGGUCCAGCAUACAUGUCACUUCAGGAGGCCUUGGAGAUGCAUCGUCCAGAGUUUAUUUCCCGGUCCAUGCAGAGGGUGAAUCGUCUGUUUCUGCAGGUGGAGGAGAGGAAGCUACAAGCUGCUUUAAUCCAAGAGAGGGGGGAUCUAUUUAACCACCCAGGAGGAGCUGGGAGGCUGCCAAGGCCUGCAGGCGCUGCUCUGCUCCAGAGGGCCGUUCCCAGGAAGGAGAUGAUCCAGAGGUCCAAACAGAUAUACGAGAAUCUGCCAGAGGUGCAGAGGAGGAGAGAGGAGGAACGAAGGAAAGCAGAGUAUCACACUUACCGACUGAAUGCACAACUUUUCAACAAGAGAAUCACAAACAGAGUCCUGGGCAGAAGAUCAGCGUGGCAAUAAUCAGAACAAGCGACUGGAUAUUGAAAUCAACGACGUGAAACUAUUUUUUACACUUUUAAUGUACAUAUUUUUAAUUUAAAGAUUAUGUUGAAAUUAGAAUUACAUUUAAAUGGAAACAUCUCUGAUGUUUUUGUUUGUUUUUAAGGUCAAAUUCGCAACUAGAAAAUGUUUUUAUGUUAAAAUAAACAAAAUUUGAACAAAUUUACAUGUUUUAGAUGUAAAUUAUUGUUUUUGCUUAACCCACAGUAGAUUCAAGACGGUGAAAUGCUUGUUUUAAUGUUUUUAUUGAUCAGUUAUUGGUUGUGCAUGAGCAGGAAGCCACACAAGGAAAAAGGUAAGACAAGCUGCAGUUUCAGUACAUCAGCUGCUCACUGAGAGCACAGAUAAAUAUUACAACCAAUAAAUAAGAGAUGUCUGCAUUUCCCUCUUUAACUACAGUUACUUAGAUUCCCAUUAAUAAAUAAAACUUCAAGUUAUGACAGCACUGUGUAAACAAAACAGUCUAUUAGACAAAUUAAUAAUAAAUUAAAAGCUUCUUGAAAAUCAAACAUGGCAGAUGUGAAGAAAAACAAAGACUCUUUGGCAAAGAUGUUGCUUUGCUUAAACAAUGUUUGGUUGAAACAAAUCUAAAAUAAGGCAGGUGACUGAUCUUUACCAAAAGGCUCUCUGCAGGUUUAAGGCUCGGACAAAGUUUACAAAAUCUACAGCAACGGGAAGCUCAGCAGAACACAAGCAAUGCAGUCGAAUAUCACCAGUGCGACCAGUGUGUCAUUUAUACCAAGCCAAUAAAAUACACAGUUACAGGUUACACCAAAAGUGUAGUAUAUGUGAAAUAAUUUAAACCAUGUAAUGCUCUGGCUAAAGUGCAGCCAGAUUGUGUGUAAAUCUGCAGAAGAAUUUCAGGAAAACCACUGAGCUUAAUGUUUUUGUUUUGUUUUUCUGUUCUGUGCAGCCAGCAAAGCCACAGAGGUAAACACUAAAACCCUCAGUUUGUAUUUAACUUCAGAAGGCUCAGUAUUUAAAUUAAAUGUGCAAAAAAACCGUGUCAAUGCCCGCUCACUUAAACUGGCAAAUCCAUCAUUUCAGUGCUCCUUUCCUUUUACAGCAAUGUUCUUAAAACGGAGAACGUCACAGUGACACCUCAUGAAAGUUUACAGCACAGGCUCAUGAUUCUUCACAUCUCGUUAGGCAAUAACUGCAAACGGGAAAUAUGAAACAACAUCCAAUGUUCUGGCCAAAUAUAAACCACACCAGGGUGCAGGAGGAGGCUGGCUCAUUUUCUACUACAUAGAUUUGGUGAAUCUGGGCAGCAUGCAAGAGCAUUGUCGCUUUUAUCUCUGUUUUUCUGGCCAUAAAACAAAAUCUAGACGUAAAUUACAAGGAUGGCAUCACAAUCUCAUCAUCCAGGUUCCAAUUUACAGCCAGCAAGGCCUCAGUCAAAUGCAGAGUUGCCUGAAACGAGUCACAUGUGCAAAGAUGUGCAGUCUGAUUUUGGCUGUGUGAAAAAACAAAACAGUCCUUCUCUUUAGCCUCUGACCUGGACUGAAAAUAAUCACUAGUAGUUAAUCUCCCCAGUUAUUUUCUCAGUUCUUUUAAAAUGUCUUAAAAUAGGAAUAAUUACAAGAAAUGUUUUUCAAGCCAUCAGUGUAGAUUCCACUGAUAUUCAAAUAACACAUGAAAACCCUCGACAUUUAAAAACGCUAAAAAUCUGAGGAAGACUUCUCAGUCUUCAAAACUUAAUGUGACAGUGACUAACACAGUUGCCAAUAAGCUGCUUGUCAGUCGACUAACAAAUUUAGACUUCUAUAUUUCUACGUUUUAGCCUUCACCUGUGCACUUUGAUGCCAGAGCUGCAGGUUGUAAUCUCACAGCUAAUAACCUAAAAAGCCUCCUGGUUUGACUUGUUUGGCCCUGGAGAAAAAGCUGAUGGUGGUGGAGUGUUUUGGUGCGGCUGGCGGGAAGGCGGGGCAUGUGAUGUUUAGGUCCGCAGCAGACUGUGAACUCGCCAAAGCUCCGACUGUGACAGGACGAGGCGGUGGACCUGCUCCUGACCGCGAGGACACGGCACCAUGACCCUUCCCACCAGCACCGUGUCACCCUUCUUCUCCUCCUUCACCUAAACACAGAAAAGCAGUCGGCUUUAGAACUUUAAAUUCACAAGUAUUUGUACCCCGUUGCUACUGUGAGACCACCAAAAGCUUUCAUUCAUCCACCUCCAAGUCAAAACCGAACUUUACCAGAGUGCAUGGACCAGCAGACUUACCUUAACAAAUGAGGUCGAAGGGAACGUGGCGAAAUCAGAUGAGACUCGAGCGCCGGGCUGCAGGUUGACGACAUGUUCUGCUACCUCGUCCUGACAGAAGCAGAAGAGAUGAAGACUAAGGUGAGCACUUCAAGUGCAGCAUCAGCUUGAACAGUAAUGUUUUAAUGUAACUUUUGUGCAUUUUUAUCAGCUUAUUCUCUCUGUGCUUCACAGCUUUGUGUUUUAUUUGCACCUUCAGUCUGUCCAGAGUGUCAUUCAGGGACUGCAGUCUAGCUGUCUGUUCCAGAAGCUGAGCACCAGGGGUCACUGCAGGGCAAAAACAAAAUGAGAAAAUCUCUGAAAUCAGUGCCCAACAAUCAGUUCUAAAUAUUUGCACAUGAUUUCUGGUGUAAUUAAGUUAAGAUCAUCCAGGAUUCUAUAGAUUUAGCAGACAACACAAACAAUACAAGGCAAAUAUUAUGAAGACUUCCUGUUACCUAACCUGCUUUAGCCUACAGAAAUGGGAAAAUGCCAGUUUAAUCAAAAGAAUUACUCUUGGUGGUGAGAUAUCAGGUAGGAGAACAUUUUAGUUUUCUUUGCACAUUAAUUCUUCACUCAGCUAAAAGUUAUUCAGUCUAACUGUGCUGCUUUUGACACUGUCGUGUCAAAUAUUUAUGAAUUCCUUUCCUCGAGGAAGAAAUGUCACAUACCAGGAGAUUUUCCAGUGAUGUCCACCACCUUGACGUUGGCACUCAUUUGCAGCAAUGUCUCCAGGAGCUGAUCGGUCUUACGGUAGAGGGCGCUGGAGAGCACUUCAGGACGUCCGUCUUUGGAGGGAAGCUUGGUCACAUUGAGAGGAGGCAGAGAGGCGAGCUGAGCACGCAUCUUCUCCGCCUGUUGGAGAACACAUGUUGAUGGUGAAUAAAAAUAAUCCAUCUAAUUUUAGGUGUUGUGAUCUUAACUCAAAAAGCCUCAAACCAUGUGGAAGUCAAAGUAAAAUCUCAGCUUUGAAAAUCUACAAGUUUUUUUUUUUUUAACCAUAUUUGUUGUGUUUAAUGAAGGAAUAAUUUCACUCUUCAGUUAUUUGUGUAGCCUCUGCAGGUUCUUUGACCUCUAAAGUGUGACUUCACUGUUGCAUCCGUCGCAUGCUGAGGUGGUGGAGAGGCAUUCGUUACCUUCAGCCUGUUGUUCUCGUUCUUCAGGUGUUUGAUGCAGAGCCUCUGAGCUUCGAUCUGCUGAGUCAGCAGAGGUGAGUCGAUCACUUGAACGCCCGAUCCAGAGCCGACACCUGACACCAUGUUCGCUGUGAACGAUAACAGGAACGCCUUAUGAGUAUUUGAGUGAAGCCAAAGCUUUAUUUAAACCUGAAUGUUGGCAGUAUUUUCACAUUCGUUUGACCCUCUGACCACAGCUUUGCACUCUCGUCUUUAACAUUGAGUUCUGAUGAAAAAGUAAAUAAUCCUCUUGCAUGCUAGAGGUGCACGGCGGUGGAAGCAAAAAUACAUUUGACUUUUUAUUCCACUGCAUUUAUUUGGCAGAUGCCAUUCCUGUGCAUUCUGACUGACUUGCAUACAAACAUAUGCAUAAAUAAUAAGCAGAUGUCCUUAAAAACAUGGGAGGGAUAUGGUGUGCAUGCCAAAACAAUGCAUAUACACAAAUGAGUUCCUACAAGGUUUACUAAGACUUUUAGAUACAGAGUACAACACAAACAAUAUAAUGCUGUUUGAUCCACUGUCAGAUUAUUUAUUUCAAUGUAAUUCAAAGCUCUUUCUUGUGCUACAACUUCCUGGUUUAGUGGUACGAUUAUUUGUAGUGAAUGGGUUUGUUUUCUGACACCUUGGAAUUUCCAGACCUGCAGACACAUGCAUGUCAUGUUUAACUCCUCUCAUAUCAUGCGAGUGAACCACUAAAGGUAAAAAAAUAAAAUAAAUAAGCAUGCAUCAUCACAUCAGAUGCCAAUAGAAGCAAGUAGAUACCUUUUUGUUCCUCUGAAGAAUGAGUAGGUGAAAAUAAGAGGAAUUAAAGAAGAGUUAUACGGAGAGAAGAAUCAUUGGUUGUUGAGGAAAGGUAUUAAACUGGAGUUAAAAUAAUGAUAUAUAACCACAAAAUUCAGUAUCAAUCCUGCAGUGUGAUUAUCAGGUAGGUUAGUUAAAGUAGGAAUUUAUCCAUUACCAGAGAACCACCAAACUAAGAGCAUGUUAUGCAGCUGCUUCACUCACCUCCAGCCAUUCCUGUGACAAUGGAGGCGAUUCCUGACGGCCCGGUUCCUCUCAGCCCAUCGAUGGUCAUCUUUGAUUGGCUGUUGAUUCUCUGCUUCAGUUCGGCCUUCUCUGCCUCAAGCUGAUCGAUGUCGGCCUGCAGAGCAUCCAUCGUCUCCUCGAACUCUCUGCAGAGGAGAGGACAACAUCACACAACUGUAGAUCUCAGUAAUCUACAGACGUGUUCUUAUUCUUACUUCUCCUUCUUCUUUAGCAGAGUCUGAGCUUCAUCCAGUCGAGUUUGGAUCUUCUCAACACGUUCGUCUGCAUCUUUGGAUGAACUGUCCAGCUUCUUUUCUAGCAGGCUGAGACGCACGUUCGCCUCGCUCAGCUCUUCUCCCUGAAAAAGCACACAUACCCCCCUAAAUCAAAACACUGUGUCUCUGCAGAAUUUGUAACUUUUCUUCAGAUAUUUUGGAGCAGAUUCCCUCAGUGUGUACAGAUGUGAACAUUGACCAGUUCAGAAAACACAAUUACACAAACUCCAGAUACAUACCUAUCAUUUCAGCUGCAUGAGCUCUAACCUGACAAAAGAUUCGGCAGUUCUGUGUUUUUAAUGUUUUUAUUCACAGUGAAUUUGCUGCUUCUCUCUACCUUGAUCUUGAGAGACUUCUUCAGCUCCUUGAUGACAGUCUCUCUGUCCUCCAGCUUCAAGCCGAGUCCUUCUGCAUCUGUGAUUUCUGCUCGAAGAGCUGCCGCGCGCACAUCUACUGGCGGAGGGUUCUGGAAGAAAAACGGAGUAAUAUGAAAAUAAUAUUCUGGGUUCACAAAGCCAGAACUAAAAUACCGACACACCUUCACAGUGGCCCCACACUGAGCUAAUUACCUUGUUUUGAGGCUUCUCUGAGUCAUACUCUCCCUCCUGCAUAGCAGUCGCCAUCUUGUUCAUGGUUGCUAUGACGAUGCUACAGGACUGUCGCAGAUACUCGUAGGGGUUGGCACCCUGGGAUCCAUAGAUCUGAAAACGAAAGUAUGAUUGUCCAGGAGGCUGUCAAAACAGUUGUCCAUAAACAUGCUCAGACACACAACAAAAGUCAAAGUGCAUGAACUCCUUCGAUUAGCAGGUGAGACUUUUAUAAUAGUUUCCGUUACAUAAACACUUUCUCAGCUCACAUUGAGUUCAUUCAAAAAAUUGCUGGCUCGCAAAAUUUCCAAUAAUUCCUGCUGCAAGAUGACUUCUAAUGGAAACUGUUGUCACUGUGUCACUGCAUUGUUUUUAAUUCAUUUAAUUGAAAUAUUCUGCUAUAAAAGAAUUUUUGCACCUAAAUCAAUAUUACUUUUUGUUGUCAGCCACAAUUCUGAAUUACAAAUGACUCUAAGCAGUGUCCUGGACAUACGUCUCAGUCAGGUCACUUGGCCUUUAUCAAUUAAGUACUAAUGUAAUGUAAUGUACUUGUUCUCCAGCUUUGAACGCCACGUCCUCCAGUUUGACGGCCGACAGCCCCUCCUGUUCACCAAGAGGUGACAUCAUCUGAGCUCCGGCUGCUGCCACUUCUUGCAGGACUGCCACCACCCAGGUCAGGUGUUUCCUGCAGUCUGAAAGGGUGUCUGACACCUGUUGGGUAAAAAGGUAAAAACGAAGAAAACGAACAUGAAAUGAAAAACAGAUUUAAAAAAAAAAAAAAAAAAAGAAUUUUUUUACUGUGACUUUCACCAUAGAUCUGGGGUUCUUGUUGUUUUGGGGUUUUUUUUUUUAACUUGAUGGUUUGGUCACUAUGGUUACCUGCUGUCCGAAGCUAAGUGCCGCUGGGAUGCCGGGCGCAUCAGUUCCAGGCAUUCUGCGACGGAUCUUCUUGCAGAACUGCCUGAUGUCACUACAGGAUGUCUCCAGAUCCUUCAGCAGCACGGCGAGAUCGGCUUUUUCCUGACCCGCGUGCAGGAAUGCCCGCAGACGACCCACCUCCACAGCCAUGCAGUCCAAGGCACUCUGGGUAAACUGCACAUGAACAUAAGCCACGAGUAACCAGUGAAGUCUAUUUUCUUUAAGCAGCAGAAACAGAAGCAUCUUAAUAAAAAUACAUGAAAAAAAGAUUAAAACGAAGCUGGAUUGAGGGCCGAUGGGGUUUAUAAACUUCCUACAGAUUCCUCAGAGACUGCAGGUGAUGUCGAUACUCACUCUGAUGUGAUCAGCGAGCUGCAUGGUGCAGUCCUCAUUCUGAUCUGCCAGGUGGAUGCUGUACAGGUGCUGAAAAAGGACAAAUAUCAUUAAACAAGCAGUGUCUAAAUUGCAUGUUUUCAUCAUAAUGCAAAUGAAUUUUGUAAUACAAUAUAGAAAAAUAUACCAUAAUAUCUUGAAAAUCUAUUAUAGUAUAAAAAUAACUAAUAUAAAUAUAAUGAAAAUAAGGCAGAAUAUUAGACAUUAAAUACUUUGUUUUAAUAAAACACAGUUAUAUUAAACUGCAGUAAUCAUGCAUUAAGUUUGUUUGUGUGUACCUGAUAAUAUUUAAUGGCCUUGGUGAGCGGCUCCACAUUGACGGUCUCAUCCAGCUGGUCUUUGUGCAGCAGGUCAAUAAGGAAGUCCAGAGAUCGCUCAUGGACGCUCAUCUCUGGGUACAGAGAGCCGAUCUUCUUAUAGACCUCCACGCUGCACUGAGACAGAGCUCUGACAAGCACAAGAAGAGCGUAUGGAGGAGUUACUCUAAUGAUAAGCAACCCCUGAAAAAAUUCUUUAUUUGGAAGCAGUGAAACAGCGUCCGGCACAGCCAGGACAUUAACACUGAAAAUACAGUUACAACUUAAAAAACUGAUAGAAUAGUUGUUAAUCUUUAGUUUAGAGUCUGUGGUGAAACUUACUGCUCAUAUUUGUGCAGCGUGGCCUGCAGCAGACUGAGCGAGUAGACGAGACCACCCGCGAAGCUCAGCUGCUCACCCAAAGCUCCCUUCAAGCCGGCUCGCUCCACGCAGUUUUCAUUCAGGUCAAAUUUCUCCUGUGCCUGUUUGCUGAUCAGCUCAGCCUAAAAGACAUGUAAACAGUUACAAAAACAUAUUUAAACCUCACGAAGAGCAAGUCUCUUCUUCCAGUUUCUAAAAGAUGCAGUGGCUUUUACCUUGCAGAUGAGUCUGGGGAUGAGCAACAACACCAGGAUGCAGUCGUGGUCUCCACCGUGACGGAGGAAGGACUCUGGCAUGAAGGAGGUCAGAAGAGAAACGUGUCUGUUGGCCUGACCCACCUCCAUCUUCCUCAGCUCCAUCUCAAUAGCCUAAAACAUACACAGACAUUAGAAGUUUUGUUUAGCUCCAAAGUUAAAAUCAGAAGUUUUGAUUUAAAACCUGUAAACACGUGAAAAGAGGAUGAGAGCUACUUAUUAUUCAGACCAAAACCCUGUGAUUGUUUCUGACCUUGGCGUAGGCCUUCGUCUCUGCAAAUUUAAUCUUGAAAUCAAACAUCUCUGCUGGCGGCUGCUGCUGCAGCUCUGCUGAGGCUUCCUGCUGGCUGGUCAGCUCUCUGUUCACCUCCUGCAGCAAACACAUGAGAACAAUCGUGACUGACUGACUGUAGGACACCAACACGUGAUUAACAGGUUAGAUGUGAAAACACAUUUUACAUAUUUCCUCUACAUGUUUACCUGUAGGUGAGCUGUGAGCUCGCGGUACUUCUUGAUGGUCUGCUGGUAAUCGGCUACGGUCUCCUGUGCGGCUUCAACUCGUUUCUCUGCCUCUCGGACUCUCGCUGCUCCCAGAUCCAGCAUCUCCCUCAGCUCCAGCUCCGUCUCUCUGGCGUUCUCCUGCAGCUCGUCGUUCAUCUCAUUGAUAGCUUCCUGCACAAAGGAGACGUGCACACAAACAAUCAGGGCCACCUCCUUUUUUUGAAUUUGAUUUUUGAAAUCUGUCUCUGUUUUUCUAGAUCAAUUAAUUCUUGUGGGAUAAUAAUGAGAUUUUGCAGCUUGUAUAAACUCAUGUUUUGUUUAUUCUUGGAAAAAACAACGUUCUUUAAUGACAGGCACAAGACAGACGAGUUUCUUGUGUAGGAUCAUAUGAUCAUUGUUCUAGGUCAGUGCACACCAAAGGAGCACUUUAAUCCAACAAAAGCUGCAGUGAUGACAAACACCAGAGGGCUCCAAAUGCAUAUUAAUGACCCCGGCCCCAUAUUAUUAAUGAAAUGAGUCAGCAAACAGCAAUACUUCAAUUUUUUCAGACCUUAUUACUAUGAAUGUAUGCAGGUAGGCCAGUCUGAGCAGUAAAACGAGAUAGUGAGAAAUAAAUCAGUGUUUAUGGACUGAAAAUCACUUUGGGAUUUUUUUUUUAAGCCAUGUUUGUUCUGGGCGAUUGUCACUCACCAGAUCUGUGACUGUCUCUCUCAGCUCUCUGACUUUCUCCUCCAGGUCCAAGUUCCUCUCUGUCAGAGUCUCCACCAUCUCCUCUGCGCCUAAGGCUGCAUCCACCUGAAACAGAGCACAUGUUGUUUUUCUGCUGUUAUCCAUCCCACGAAUUAAAAGAUCACAGGCCUGGGGGAAGCUACCUUUCACUUCCUCUACAUACAGCUCAGUCAUAAGGUCCACUGACCUGCUCUUUCAGCUCAUCGAUGGUCUUUUCUGCCGCUUUCAUCUCUUCCUGCAGUUUCUCCUUCUGGCUUCUCAAACAGUCAAGUUCCACGUUCUUCUUCUCCAUCUGCUUCUGCAACUUCACGUGUUCCUGCUUCUCUGACGCAGACAGGUCACGCAUCCUGGACACAAAAACACGCAUCAGUGUUUUGGAGCUUGUAAAGUUCUGAAUUAAAGUUCAGUUCAGUAUAAUUGUGGCUUUCAUGAAGACAUCAGCGGACCUACCUGACCAGAGCUUCCUUCAACCUGCUGUUCUGCUCCUCCAGCUGUUUCACAUGGUAACUGGAGGCGGCACCAUCUGAGCCUGACAGAAACCCAAAAACAAUACAAAAAAGAAAAGCUCGUCAUUAAAGCUUGCAAACUUUUCACUCUAAAUUGAUGUUCAUUUUACACACUUUAAAACCCAGACUCAAACUUCAGUAUUUGUAUUGAUUGUUCAUGUCCUGAUUUAACAGAAAUGAGGCCUGGAUACAACAUCUACAAUGAUAAAAUCAGCUCCUCAGUACCUUUCUCCUCAAUCUCAUGCUUGAGGAUCUCCAGGUCCAUGGUGAGCUCAUCCACUUUCUCCUUGAGGGAAUCCACCUCCAGCUGCAGAGACUCUGCUCUCUCCUCAGCCAUCUCCUUAUCCAGCGUCGCCAUCUCGAUGGCGUCCGCUGUGUCCGACAUUUCCUCCAUAUAACGCUCCUUUGCCUCCAGAGCUUCUUUAGCCUCCUACACACAGAAAAGCUUAGUUUCAACAAAGUAUUACAUAACUGCAUGUUAUUUAAACUGCAUGCAAAUCGUAUACUUUUCCCCUUAUUCCCCUUUAAUAAUAAUUUUACAGAAAGUAAGAAGGUAUGCGGCAGCCAGGUGCUGUUAAUCAAACACACUGUGAACACUUCACCAAAAUAAAUAAAUAAUCUGCAAUAAAGGUUGAGAUGAGUUUAGGCCCAAUAAUCUCAAAACCUACAGACUUAAAUUAAGAGUAAUUAAUAAGAUUUUUAAAUUUGUAGUUCAUUGGAAGCUAAGGAAGGAAUGCAAUUGCUGGAUAGUUUUUGUUAGCAGUCAACUGCUGCUUUUUAACACUUUUUCGCCUGAGCAUUUGCACUGCAUCCCCUCCCUCCUCCUCCAUCUGUGGCUCCUUACCCUCUUGGCCUCCUUGAGUUGCUUCUGCAGUUCGGCCUGCUGCUCUUGCAUCUUGGUCUUCCACUCCUGCAGCUGCUCCAGCUGGAUCUUGUGCUUCUCCAGCUCCUUCAGUUUUGCUUUGUCCUCCGUGCGCUUCAUCUUCAGGGUCUCCAGCUUCUCCUCCAGAUCCUUCACUUGAUUACGCAGCGCCUCCUCUUCCUGGGUAACAGUUAUAUGGACAAGAUGAAGGGGAAAAGUGAGAUUUAAAUAAACACAUAUUAGAGGAAACUCUCUAAAACACAAAAGGAGGAUUCAAACUUCCAUUUUCUUUUCUUUUUCUGAGUCAUUUCUCUUUAAUGAUUCUUCAGAGUGAAGACCGAAAGCAGUGAAUCAGGUUUAAAGCCUUGUGUUAGAAGCACUUACGCAUUAAAUAUUAAACCUGCAGAAAAUUCACCUGUGGAGAGAAAACACACGCACACACACAUGCUGUAUCACACAUCCAGUGUGCACACACAGAUAAUCACACUCCUCUAAACACUCUCUGAAUCCUGUGAUAAACGUGCAGCAGAGACAAUCACUGCACACACACAGGUUAAAAAAGGAGCCACGCCUCAGCUGAUUAAAACGUUAGUGAGAGCAGAACAACACUUCAAUACUUCAAGUGCAGAAACAUCACAUCACACCACCUCGCUGCACCUGUGUUUCCAUAGUGACAUCUUCCUGAGGGGACAAAAUACCAAUUAGACUGAUUAUUCCGACUUUAACAUUUCAUUAAAAAAAAAAAACAACA